AUGUUUCUGAUAACUGUUCCAUUUUCCACCUUAUUAACAACUAUUGCUAUGCUAUUACCAUAUUGGUGGUCAUCGGAAACACUUCAAGUUGGUCUUUGGCGAGCUCGAUCAAUAUCAUCAUCGUGGUUAAUUGUUGAACCACAACUUGAAACAUCAGAAGGUCGCGUUCUAUUAGCUUUACAAAUUCUUUCAUUUAUUUCGGUAUUAUUAGCCGAUUUGAGCGGUAUUCUUUGGUUAAUUAUUCUUCUUCUUCGUCGCCGUUCACAUUCACUAUUAAAUUCACUUUUUUCACUUCUCGCAUCGACCAUUCUUACAUAUCUAUCUUUAUCAGUGAUGAUUUAUCUUGUUUGGCAAACAACACUAGAUUAUAUCCAUUUAAUUAAUAUAUCCUAUUCAUUCUACAUUGUUUUAAUUAUUAUUUUACUUCAUUCAUUAACAUUGAUCAGUCUAACAAUUAAUCUAUUAAACUAUCGAACAAAUCAUCAUGCAAUUCAACCAUUACAAUUAGAUAAAAAAGUUCUUAUUGCUUUUAAUGAACCUAUUGUAUAA